GGUGUUCCCUGUAACUACUCUGUGACGUGAUGAGGCUGGUCCUGGUCAAACCUACCAAUGAAACGCGCUGCCUAGACUCAACUGGGGCUGCACACAGCGAAGGGGUGCCGGAUCAGUGCAACACGGAGCUGCAGUCAGUGCCCGACGCAGGUGUUGAGGGGAUGCAGCAUCACUGCUCGGGAGUUGGGAACCAGGCACCCACUCAGGAGUUGACGGGCGCGCAGAGCAGUCCAACUCCACCUUCUCAGGCAGGGCUGAGUCAAGUCGCCCCGGCGUGCAGUUUGCCGCCACCACCUCCAACGCACAAACAGCGGAUCUCCACCUUAUCAAAACACAGUCAACAGGAAUUGCCCAGCCCUCUAACCCAGGAAACCUGUCACACAGCUGAAUUGCAGCGGGGCGGUUCGCCAGCGGCUAAACGUCACGGAGAUCACCACAGACAUUCAGAGCAGGUCAGCAGAUUGCACCACCACCACCACCACUCCUGGAGUCGGCAACAAGGUCUGGUAACCGCUGGAGAGCCGCAGGCGGAGCUACCCGUUUAUCAGGACACGUAUGGGAGAUCACCCGAAGAGGGAAACUCCAGUUUCCAACGCCAUCCACUGCGGUGCGCCCACAAUUCCCCCGAGCUAUACUCUCGAAGUCAGGCUAGAGGAGAUCAGUGGCAGAAAGCUGCGAAUUGCCAACAGGAGCACCACGCGUGCCACUGCAGAAGGGAUCAUCACCAGCUGUUGCAGCAACAGCAGCACCACCACCACAACCAUUACAAGCCACAUCAACAGAGCGCGCCCUGUUCCUCGGCUGCAACAAACUCUCCGAGUAUCGGUAAAUGUCGGGUGAGUGACGGGAGCCAGCAAGUGGUUUUGUAUCAGGCGGGAGACGCGCAACCGGCUCCGCUGCAGGUUCAGCAGCAGCGGCUGGUUGGAAGCAGUCAUCCAAACUGCUGCGCCAAUGGAUCGCGGGAGCUGAGCAGACACCAGCACUUUUCUCUGCCGCAGCAACAACAGUAUCAGCAGCCCGACUCUCAUGCACACUGGCAUCACCCCUGUGACAGUGACUGCCGGAGAACUGGAGAACAUUAUCCGUCUUGUCCGCGACAUUGCCACCAGUCCACCGCCGGUCCUCACAACAGAUGCCCGGGAGUAACAAACCCAUCUGCAGGAAGUAGCAGCAGAAGCGGCCGGCCUCACUCCACCGACAGUCGGUUGUGGUUGGAAAACCACCUGCGAGAGGAGACGCAGAGUAGCAGAGGACAGAAGGUGAAUGCAGACGCGAGGAAGCUGAGCCAUGCCGGGUCACAGCCCUGCCUGUCCCAGAGCGCCCGGGCCUCCUCGGAGAUAGCUAUGAACAGCUGCAGGUACAAUGGCGGCGUGGGCAGACCGCUGGGCAGCGUGGGGGCGUCGCGGCGCAACCUCGCCGAGCUGGACUCGGAGACGCAGCCCCUGCAGACGCUGCCCAGCUCCGGCUUGGAGGUGGUGGUGUCCAAGGGUUACGGCGACGAGCACCAGCACCACCGCAAGGCGUCCAGCGAGAGCCUGCCCCGGGAGGGGGGAGAUGGCGGGGCAAGUGCGGGCGGCAGCCCGGGGGGGCCGCAGUCGAGGAGGCGCGGCAGCGCGCGGGCCAUACAGAAGAAGAACAAGGACAUCGGCGAAAGGCUGGGCCACCGCAGGGUGCUGUUCGAGAAGCGCAAGCGGCUCAGCGACUACGCGCUCAUCUUCGGGAUGUUCGGGAUCGUCGUCAUGGUGACAGAGACGGAACUUUCUUGGGGGAUUUAUUCCAAGGAAUCUUCAUAUUCAUUUGCACUGAAAUGCCUUAUCAGCCUCUCCACUGUUAUACUGCUGGGUCUCCUCAUUAUGUUCCAUGCCAGGGAAAUACAGCUCUUCAUGGUGGACAACGGUGCGGACGACUGGCGCAUCGCCAUGACGCAGGAGCGUGUCUUCUUCAUUGUGCUAGAGCUGCUGGUGUGUGCCAUCCACCCCAUCCCGGGCCAUUACGUCUUCACCUGGACGGCGCGGCUGGCUUUCACCUACGCGCCGUCCGUCACCAACGCCGACGUGGACAUCAUCCUGUCCAUCCCCAUGUUCCUGCGGCUGUACCUGAUCGGCCGCGUCAUGCUGCUGCACAGCAAGCUGUUCACGGACGCGUCCUCGCGCAGCAUCGGCGCGCUCAACAAGAUCAACUUCAACACGCGCUUCGUCAUGAAGACGCUCAUGACCAUCUGCCCCGGCACCGUGCUGUUGGUCUUCAGCAUCUCGUCCUGGAUCAUCGCCGCCUGGACCGUGCGCGUCUGCGAGAGGUAUCACGACCGACAGGAAGUCACCAGUAACUUCCUGGGAGCGAUGUGGUUAAUUUCUAUAACCUUCCUGUCCAUCGGCUACGGGGACAUGGUGCCUCACACAUACUGUGGGAAGGGCGUGUGUCUCAUGACAGGAAUCAUGGGGGCUGGCUGCACAGCGCUGGUGGUUGCCGUGGUGGCCAGAAAGCUGGAGCUGACCAAGGCGGAGAAACAUGUCCACAACUUUAUGAUGGACACUCAGCUCUCCAAAAGAGUCAAAAACACGGCUGCUAACGUACUCAGGGAAACAUGGCUCAUCUACAAACACACCAAGCUGGUGAGGAAGAUCGACCACGCCAAGGUCCGCAAACACCAACGCAAGUUCCUGCAGGCUAUUCACCAAGCUCAGAAACUCAGAAGUGUGAAGAUGGAACAGCGAAAGCUGAACGACCAGGCAAACUCACUUGUUGACCUAGCCAAGACCCAGAAUGUGAUGUAUGACCUGGUGUCGGAGCUACAGGAGCGCGGCGAGGAGCUGGACAAGCGCAUCGGCAAGCUGGAGGAGAAGUUGGACGCCAUCGGCGUCAGCCUGCAGGGCCUGCCCGGCCUGCUCUCUCAGGCCAUCCUGCAGCAGCAGCGCGACUUCCUGAAGAGCCUGGCACACCGCGCGGUCCAGCAGCGGCCCGGCUCGCAGGGCUCCGAGCCCUCCUGGACGCCCACUCGCCAGCGUCGGCGCUCGCCGUCCACCGCGCCACACACUUCCUCCGACAGUGGAUAGCACCCGCCCGCCACCACAACCCCCCAAACCCCACCCUCCACCCUUAUGUGACUCAACUCAACCACCACCUUCUAUCCACACCCCACCCUACACCCCCACUGCACACUGACCACCUCUGCCACUCCUAAAACUAACAACACUGCUUCAAAAAUGUGUGAAAAAUGUGUGAAAACAAAGCGUAACGAAGUCAACAAACAACUUUCAGCAGAAGAAAGGAAAUUUGGAACAGUGAUGAAUGACCACCUAAAGAAAAACACAAACAAUCACCAACAACAGAAAAGAAAAUAACGAUAAAAAUUAAACACUGGCAGAAAAAUUAUUUUAAAUAAAAAAUGGUAGAGAUAUGGUUUAUGUUUAGCCAUUGUAUGGCUGUUAAAGUUAGCUUUUUUGUAAAGCCCUUGUAUAGUUAACUUGACUUAGUCUAGGGUGUUGGGGUGAUACUGGCAAUCUCAGCAGAAUGUUCUGGAAUGAGACAGAAGGAGCCAAUGCAAUGCAAUCAAACUCUGAUCGGACGGGCAGAGGACAGGAGGUCAACAGUGUGGUUUUGGGAGAGUAAAUGGACUGUUAGAUGACAAGCGUCCAGCAUGUUAGUCCAGGUGCCAGCCGAGAAGGCCCUUGGAAGCUCUGAGUUCAGGUCAACACUUGAAGGCAAUAAGCAGAGAAGGAAGGCAGUGAGGCCAUUUUGUCGCACCUGACUGACACUGACUGUUGGGGAAAAUAGAAAUAAAUAAUAUAUAUUAAUAUAUAGCUUUAUAGGUAUUUUAGGGUGUGAUGGGUUUAUUGGAGCAGGAUUCCAAUUUUGGCAUGCGGAGGGAUCUGGAAUAUUAAACACUUAUGUCUUAUUACUUCCAUUCAAAACAACAAUAACGAAACGGACUGUUCACUAUGCUUAUAUAAUGCAUGCACAUAUUGUUGUGUUUUAUUUUUUACCUUGCACUUGCACUUGCACAGACCCCCCAACCUUUAUUUUCACUAAACUGCCAAAAUUCCAGCCCAACAUCUAACAUUUUAUGUAUGCAGAUAUUCCUUUUGAAGUCCUCUUAAAAACCAAGAAAAGAUUAAAUACGCUUCCAUCUGUUUUUAAGAACCGCAAUCAAUAUUUAAAUAUAUUUAUGUAUACAUUCUAUUCAUUUUCAAAGAACAGCAAGAUAUUAAUUCCACUCAUCGUUUAUCAGAGCUUCCAAGGGCCCGCAAAGCACGGAGGACCAAAGCCAGUGUUCUACUGGACGGCCUUUUGGUCGAGGAUGUCCUCUGACAGCUCUCCUGAUAAGACUGGGAAUUAAACCCCGCCCCUUGCAUGUUUCAAUGCAAAUGGUGAUGGAGCAACUCUUUGGGAUGGCUUUAUGUUCAUUUUAUUUUCUCUCCUAUUGUUUUUUACAGAGAUUCUUUUUUUUAUCAUUUACCUAGAAUUUUUAUAGAGGUAGAAUAGCUAAUAAAAUGUUAUUAAAGAGUGGCAGCAAAAGAGAUCUAAACAUGCAUUCCUGGUUCUAUGACUAAAAUUCACUGAGGAAAAAUAAAAACCACAUGCAUACAUACAUACACACCGAAAGUAGACAAACAAAUUUAACAACAAUGUGUUGCACAUUCGGUUACUUACCACUUUCCAGAAUUGGUUUCCAGUUAAACACCUAGGAUGACACUAUUGGACAUGAGAUGUUUUUUACGGGUUCUAAAACAGCAAACUGCCUUUAUUGUGUGUCUUUGGCCUUGUUGACAAAGCUGUAGCACCUUUACAUAAUGCUGGGCUCCAAUGUAAGAAUAAAUCCUUAAAACAAA